AUGCACCCGGCCAGGGACUGCCCUGGCCUGGGCCGCGCCCCUGCCGAACUGAGCUCCCACAAGCGGCCGGCGUCCGUAUCGAGCAGCGCGGCCGCGGAGCACGAGCAGCGCGAGGCGGCCGCCAAGGAGAAGCAGCCGCCGCCGCCCUCGCAUCGCGGCGCGGCCGACAGCCUGGCCGCGGCGGCCGGGCCCACCGAGCUGGGCGCCGAGGGCGCGGGCAAAGGCCGCGGGCCCGGAGAGCAGGACUGGGUCAACAGGCCCAAGACCGUGCGAGACACGCUGCUGGCGCUGCACCAGCACGGCCACUCGGGGCCCUUCGAGAGCAAGUUUAAGAAGGAGCCGGCCCUGACUGCAGGCAGGUUGUUGGGUUUCGAGGCCAACGGGGCCAACGGGUCUAAAGCAGUGGCAAGAACAGCGAGGAAAAGAAAGCCUUCUCCAGAACCAGAAGGUGAAGUCGGGCCCCCUAAGAUCAAUGGAGAGGCACAACCAUGGCUGUCCACACCCACAGAAGGGCUCAAGAUCCCCAUUACUCCUACAUCCUCUUUUGUGUCUCCGCCGCCACCCACUGCCUCACCUCAUUCCAACCGGACCACACCGCCUGAAGCGGCUCAGAACGGCCAGUCCCCCAUGGCAGCCCUGAUCUUAGUGGCAGACAAUGCAGGCGGCAGUCACGCCUCGAAAGACGCCAACCAGGUUCACUCCACUACCAGAAGGAAUAGCAGCAGUCCACCCUCUCCGUCGUCUAUGAACCAAAGAAGGCUAGGCCCCAGAGAGGUGGGGGGCCAGGGGGCAGGCAGCACUGGAGGACUGGAGCCAGUGCACCCUGCCAGCCUCCCAGACUCUUCUCUGGCAGCCAGUGCCCCCCUGUGCUGCACCCUCUGCCACGAGCGGCUGGAGGACACCCACUUUGUGCAGUGCCCGUCUGUCCCUUCGCACAAGUUCUGCUUCCCUUGCUCCAGACAAAGCAUCAAACAGCAGGGAGCUAGCGGAGAGGUCUAUUGUCCCAGCGGGGAAAAAUGCCCUCUGGUGGGCUCCAAUGUCCCCUGGGCCUUUAUGCAAGGGGAAAUUGCGACCAUCCUGGCUGGAGAUGUGAAAGUGAAAAAAGAGAGAGACUCGUGA